GGACCUCGGCCCUGCGCUGGGAUGACCCCAGGCAGGUUGGGAGAACCUUGAAGAAUGGAAAUGGGGUGUCCUCAAUCAAGGGUCAUUUCUUGGCAUUUCACUGGAUGUGACCUAAACCUGCAAUGAUUUGUUCACCUAUUUGGAGUUUGACAGGUUGAUGAUAUCUGGUUGGAGGUCAAAGUGAAAAAAAGGAAGGAAGGAAGGAGAAAGGAAGGAAGGAAAGGAAAGGAAAGGAAGCCCUUCUUUGUGAUGAAGAGGAAACAGGGAAUGCAUUGGUUGGCUUUUCCAAAUUCUUGAUGGAAGUCAGUCCCAUAUUUUGCACCAGAUACAAACACACACAAACACACAAUACAGGACGCAUUUGCUCAAAGCCACUUAAGUUCUAUUUCAGUAAAGUACUUAUUCCUUCCAUGGGGGUAAGUAUUGUUCAAUGGUUAAAAUUCUCCACUCUCUAAUUGUUGGAAUUUCUUUUCUUUUUGCCUUCUCAGAUAAUGUAAACUGGAAGCUGUUUGUUUGCCUUCAUGAGUCGAAAUUAACUCUUGGGGAAAGAAUUGGGCAGAAUAAUGUGCUGUGGUCAGGGUCCUAUGAAUGAAAAGGCAUUUGGAGAUCCACAAGAUUCUUGGGGCUUAGUUGGAGUUGCCUUACAGGACAGAGACAGAAUGGAGACAUGGUUUUUACCAAGCAAGGGAACUGGAAAAGGCCCUUCUGCUGUUCAGCCUGGAUACCAUGGGGAGAUGUGGGCAAGGUCUGGGCAGGAGAUCCUGGAGGAAGGAACCAUCAUUUAUUCAGAGGUUCAACCCUGCGGUUUCAGGAGCCUCCAAUACCAGGAGGCUAAGGGUCCCCGAGGACUUUGCAGCCGACUCCAUGACUUUUGUAGGCGAUGGCUGAGACCGGAAAAGCACACCAAAGCCCAGAUGCUGGAUCUGGUUGUUCUGGAGCAGCUCUUGGCCCUUCUUCCCCUGCCGAUGAAGAGCUGGGUGCAGGAGUGUGGAGCAGAGACCAGCUCCCAGGCGGUGGCCCUGGCAGAAGGCUUCCUCCUGAGCCAGGCGGAGGAGCAGAAGGAGCAGGUCGAGUUGCAGUCCUUCACUGGGGAGAUCAGAAAUCCUGAGAGAAAUAAUACAUCAGAUCCCCCACAAGAGCCAUUUUUUUGGAGGAACUCUGAGGAAGCUCCAAGUCAGGACCCCUCAGGAGAUUGA